AUGUGGACCUGCAGCGGGAUUGUGCUGGCCUGGGCCACAUCACAGCACCAGCACAGCAGGUCCACACAAGCCCCGGGCUCCGUUGCCGGGCCAGGACACAGCUUCCGGAAGGUGACGCUCACCAAGCCCACCUUCUGCCACCUCUGCUCCGACUUCAUCUGGGGGCUGGCCGGCUUCCUGUGCGACGUCUGCAAUUUCAUGUCCCAUGAGAAGUGCCUGAAGCUCGUGAGGAUCCCGUGCACGAGUGUGGCGCCCAGCCUGGUCCGGGUUCCCGUGGCCCACUGCUUCGGCCCCCGGGGGCUCCACAAGCGCAAGUUCUGUGCUGUCUGCCGCAAAGUCCUGGAGGCGCCUGCGCUCCACUGCGAAGUGUGUGAGCUGCACCUCCACCCAGACUGUGUGCCCUUCGCCUGCAGUGACUGCCGCCAGUGCCACCAGGAUGGGCACCAGGAUCACGACACCCAUCACCACCACUGGCGGGAGGGGAACCUGCCCUCAGGAGCGCGCUGCGAGGUCUGCAGGAAGACGUGCGGCUCCUCUGACGUGCUGGCUGGAGUGCGCUGCGAGGAGGCCGCGCUUCGGGUCCACCACAUCCCCGAGGACCCUGGCCACCUGGAGCUGUGCCCGCUGCCCCCUUCCUUGAAGGCCUGUGACACCUGGCCUGGGGGCAAGGCUGGGAGUGCUGUGAUUUCGGAGGAGGGCAGAAGCCCUGGGUCUGGCGAGGCCACACCAGAGGCCUGGGUCAUCCGGGCUCUGCCGCGGGCCCAGGAGGUCCUGAAGAUCUACCCUGGCUGGCUCAAGGUGGGCGUGGCCUAUGUAUCCGUGCGAGUGACCCCGAAGAGCACGGCCCGCUCCGUGGUGCUGGAGGUCCUGCCGCUGCUCGGCCGCCAGGCCGAGGGUCCUGAGAGCUUCCAGCUGGUGGAGGUGGCGAUGGGCUGUAGGCAGGUCCAGCGGACAGCGCUGAUGGACGAACAGCCGUUGCUGGACCGGCUACAGGACAUCCGGCAGAUGUCCGUGCGACAGGUGAGCCAGACGCGGUUCUACGUGGCAGAGAGCAGGGAUGUAGCCCCGCACGUCUCCCUGUUUGUUGGCGGCCUGCCUCCCGGCCUGUCCCCCGAGGAGUACAGCAGCCUGCUGCAUGAGGCCGUGGCUACCAAAGCCACCGUGGUGUCUGUGAGUCACGUCUACUCCUCCCAAGGCGCAGUAGUACUGGAUGUCACCUGCUUUUCGGAGGCCGAGCGGCUGUACGUGCUGCUCAAGGACAUGGCUGUGCGGGGCCGGCUGCUCACUGCACUGGUGCUCCCCGACCUGCUGCACGCGAAGCUGCCCCCAGACAGCUGUCCCCUCCUUGUGUUCGUGAACCCCAAGAGUGGAGGCCUCAAGGGCCGAGACCUGCUCUGCAGCUUCCGGAAGCUACUGAACCCUCACCAGGUCUUCGACCUGACCCACGGGGGUCCCCUUCCUGGGCUCCACCUGUUCUCCCAGGUGCCCUGCUUCCGGGUGCUGGUGUGCGGUGGCGACGGCACUGUGGGCUGGGUGCUCGGCGCCCUGGAGGAGACACGGUACCGACUGGCCUGCCCGGAGCCUUCUGUGGCCAUCCUGCCCCUGGGCACAGGGAAUGACCUUGGCCGAGUCCUCCGCUGGGGGGCAGGCUACAGCGGCGAGGACCCGCUGUCCGUGCUGCUCUCCGUGGACGAGGCCGACGCCGUGCUCAUGGACCGCUGGACCAUCCUGCUGGACGCCCACGAUGCUGCCAGUGCAGAGAAUGGCACCGCAGACGCAGAGCCCCCCAAGAUCGUGCAGAUGAGUAACUACUGUGGCAUUGGCAUCGAUGCGGAGCUGAGCCUGGACUUCCACCAGGCGCGGGAAGAGGAGCCUGGCAAGUUCACAAGCAGGCUGCACAACAAGGGUGUGUACGUGCGAGUGGGGCUGCAGAAGAUCAGUCACUCUCGGAGCCUGCACAAGCAGAUCCGGCUGCAGGUGGAGCGGCAGGAGGUGGAGCUGCCCAGUAUCGAAGGCCUGAUCUUCAUCAACAUUCCCAGCUGGGGUUCCGGGGCCGACCUUUGGGGCUCAGACAGUGACGCCAGGUUUGAGAAGCCGCGCAUGGAUGAUGGGCUGCUGGAGGUGGUGGGCGUGACGGGCGUCGUGCACAUGGGCCAGGUCCAGGGUGGGCUGCGCUCUGGGAUCCGGAUUGCCCAGGGUUCCUACUUCCGGGUCACACUCCUCAAGGCCACCCCGGUGCAGGUGGACGGGGAGCCCUGGGUCCAGGCCCCGGGGCACAUGAUCAUCUCAGCUGCUGGCCCUAAGGUCCACAUGCUGAGGAAGGCCAAGCAGAAGCCGAAGAGAGCCGGGACCACCAGGGACGCCCGGGCGGACGCGCCUGCCCCUGAGGGCGAUGCUAGGUAGGGGUGGCUGAGGCAGCCCAGGGGCUCGAGCCGUCUCUGCCUCCGCCUCCGCCAGCCUUGUUUUCAGUUGGUCUAGAGGCAGCUCCACGUCCACACCGUGGCCGGCCUUGUGGUUGGACCUGGCUACAGCCCUGACCGCAUCAUCUUCAUGGGGCCAGAGCAGGACC